AUGGCUGAGCCGGUACCCCUAGAAACCUUCGAGCGCGCGCCUCCAGCCCGCUCCGGAGGUGGGCAGUCGUCGUCCUCCUUUGCGUAUCCUCCCGGGCGGGCCGAUGGCGAUGACGAGGAGCGACGGAGGCGUCAGCAGGAGCUUGCAGGGGACGAGGAGCUGGCCCGCAACCUCGCGGCCCAGUUGCGCUUGACCUCCCCGGCAGAGGCGGACGCAGGUGGCCUGCAGUCCGAGGCCUUCCGGGACGAGGACAGGCGGCUACCUCGAGUAGGAGACCGGGGCCCGGACAGUCCUUACAGAGGUGAUACAGACACAGACAGGAUCCCUGGAGUGGAGUAUCAUGCCAUGGACUCCGACACCGAGGAUGCCUUCUAUGCAGAACCGCCCAAGGCUGCCGGAUACCAUCACGUUAUUUGCAAUGUCCUCGUCAACCUUUUCCGGUCUUCCGGGUGGGGCUCCCGCGUGCAGAAUGCCACAGACAUGAGGUUCAGGUGCUCAGCUGGACAGUAUUUUCGAGCCCUGCCCCAGGAAACUGAAACAGGAGAGUGUGCUGUGCAAGCAAGCAGCAGACAUGAAGCCGUGAAGGUGGACCCGGAGGAACUGCAGCAGCUUCGUUCGGAGUUGGCAGCCGCCAAGGCGGCCGCUGACGAGGAGUCGGCCAAGCUGCGGGCAGAGCUUACAUCUGCUCGCGACGCCGAGGCCCUCGCUGCAGAUGAGUCCGCCAAGCUCCAGCGCGAGCUGACCUCUGCGCGCGACGCGGAGGCACUGGCGGCCACUGAGGUGGAGAAACUGCAAAAGGAGGUGACGAGCGCACGCGAUGCCGAGGCUCGCGUUGCCGAGGAAGUGGCCCGGCUCGAGGUGGAGGUGAAGACCGCUCGCGAUGCCGAGGCUCAAGCCAUCGACGAGGCAGCAGCUGUACGGCAGGGCACAGAUCCCGUCAGCGACUUGCAGUGGAACCUCUUGGCUGCCAAAGACACGGAG